UGAGGUACAGAAUUGCUUGUGCUUGUGAGUGUUUGUCUCUUUAAGUACAGAGUCUGUCGUCUGUGGGAAAUAUGGCGGAAUCAGGCGAAUCUUCAGCUGCUGCCGGUUCUGAGCUGCGGAUGGUUCUGUUGGGUCGGACGGGUUCCGGCAAGAGUUCGGCUGGAAACACCAUCCUGGGCCGAUCCGCGUUCUGGACUGACGCCUCGCCCGUGUCCGUGACAAGCCGCUGCCAGCGCGCGGGGGGCGUGUCUGAUGGGCGGAGUCUGCGGGUUAUUGACACCCCGGGGUUCUUCCACACCUGCUUGAGCCCAGAUGAGGUCCGUGUGGAGCUGAGCCGGUGUGUGGAUCUGUCGACGCCCGGACCGCACGUGUUCCUGCUGUUGCUGCGCACCGGGCCGGUGACGCGCGAGUGCCGCGCCGCACUCGACUGGAUCCGAGCCGCGUUCGGGCCGCAGGCGCUCCGGUUCACCGUGGUUCUGAUCACCUGGGGCGACGCACUUGGGUCGAAACCAGCCGAGGACUUCCUGAAGGAGAGCACGGAAUUAUGGGAGUUUGUGUGCGAGUGUGCGGGCGGCUUCCACGUGUUUGACAACACUAAAGGUAGCCUAUUCUACCACAUAAAUAACUGGUGA